AUGCCCGGUGUCCGCACCCUCCUCGGCCUCCUGGCGGCCCUGGCGGUCUGCGGCGUCGUCGCCUUUCUCGGCUAUUGUGUGUAUUUCGACCGGAAGCGGCGCGGCGACCCCGCUUUCAAGCGCCGCCUGCGGGACAAAAGAAGAGCGGAACAGGCACAGGCUAAGGAACGGGGUGCGCAGUUGUGGGAUUCAGCAAAUGAAAAAUUGCAAGAACUUCUUCUGCAUGAGGUACAGAUGGGAGAACUUUGGUUAUCUAGAGGAGAGCAUAGAAUGGGGGUCGAACAUCUCAGCAAUGCCCUUUUACUGUGUGGGCAACCACAGGAACUUCUGAAAGUUUUCAAACUCACCCUCCCUCCCAAGGUAUUUGAGAUGCUGUUGCACAAAAUUCCCCUUAUUUGCCAGGUAAGCACAUAUUUAACUAUCUUUAUGAAAUGA